GAAUUACUUGUCACUGGAUUUCACCUAAAUUUGAAUUAUAUGAUAUUGUUUUGGAUAUGACUAACUUUCCAGAGACUCAUACCACAAUAGAAAUUGUUGAAAAAUUACAACAUCAAAUUAAAAAAUUUAAUUUAGCUCAAAAAAAUAUUAUUAGCAUUACUAGUGAUAAUGGAAGUAAUGUCAAAGCCGCAAUAUCACAAAUGCAAAUAACAAAUAUUCUGUGUACCACUCAUACACUACAACUUAGCAUUAAUCUAGAUCUUAAUUACAUUAAAAUACAAAAACAAUUAAAUCCAGAUAUUAGAGAACCACUGGAUGUAAUAAAAGAUAUUGAAACCUGCUGGAAUUCAAUCUUUCGGGCUAUUCAACAUUUAAUAUUAUUACAACCAUCUAUCAAUCAUCUUUGCAGUACGCUUCUUAAUAGUGUUAUUUCAAAUAUUCGAAAAGAUGGUGAAAAAUUAAAAGAUAGCUUACUUUCCAAUGAUGAAUUUAACAUAUGUAAUAAACUUAUCAUUAUUUUGAAACCAUUCAAUAAAGCAACUGAAAUAUUAGGAGAUUCAAAAUAUCCAACACUAAGUAUUGUAACUCCUACAAUUGAAGAGCUCAAACAAUGA